UCUAUGCUAAUACUAAAUGAUGAUGAAUCUCAUUCACUGCUCCAAAUGCAGACCAUUAACGAUGUUCUCUUCAGGAUCAUAUCAGUCGGCUUGUUCAAAUACAUCGACCACCAGUCUCCCAAUGCCGUGCGGGAAGGGACUCGAAUAACGGGAGUGGCGGUUGUUAACUUGCGAGAACAACAGGGAUUGCAGGAACUAUCCAAUUUGAUGAAAGGCAACCCGGGACUGAGGUGGGGCAACAAGUUCGGGAUUAUCCUUCUCCCCGUUCACUACAGCAGAAGCUGUGGCGACCCUCUCGAAUACCUGAGAAAAGCUAAGUCGAUGAUGGACCGGAAGAAGAAAUCCCUGGAGGCUCACUUCUCCUACAAAAUCGGGGAUAUGGCCAUGACUUUUUUAGGAGCACAUGUUGCAAGCCUGCUCAACUACAGGAUCCUUUGCAACAUCACGUUCAGCAUCUUGAACGUGCUUGGCCCACGAGAGGAGAUCACGUUUGGGGGGAACCCCAUCACAUACAUAAGGGCGAACGUCUCGAGUUUACCCCACGCACUCACGAUGCACAUGGUGAGCUAUGCGGGGAAGGCGGACAUGCAAUUUCUGGUGGCCAAGGACAUCAUCCACGACCCUGAUUUUCUGGCCAAGUGCUUUGAGGAUGCUUUACUCGAAAUGAAAGCAGCAGCUUCUACUGCCUUGAACUCGAAGAAGUAAACAGGGAAACAUUCCUGUGGGGUUAGGAGGGAAAAAUCUGUAUUUUAUUCUUAUGGAUGUGGGAUUAUACACGGGGAUAAAAAGAAUCGAUCCCAUUUAUAUGAUGUUCUAUUGGGACGAGAAGAACCAUUUUAGGCCAUCGAUCCAAAUUUUGUCUUAUGUCUUACUUGAUUGAUGAAGUUAGUAGGGUGUUGCUCGAGUUCUGGAUCCAUCCACUCUAUGUUGAGCUCCAAGCAAUUGAAAAGAGAAAUGAAGAGAACAAAGUCAAUUGUAUGGCAAAUAAAGCUAGGUACACUAAAUUUUAAGAUGAUGGGACAGGUUUAUGUUCUUUGAAUGUCCA